UAAUCACUCAUUUGAAAAACCAUGUCAAGAGGGAAUUUAUGGAACUUUAUUACACCUAAUCUCUCAAAACAUAGCCUAUAAAAGUAAUAUUAUUUAAAUGUAUUCUUUGUCGUCACAUGUUUUGUGUGAUUUGUGAGGGGUUUGUGGGCCAGGGUCAAAGAGACAGAUUGACUUUGAAGACCUACAUAUUUUGUGACUGCUCCAUACUCGGUUUGGAAUACAAGGGUGCCACCGUGAGGCAAAAUAAGACGAUGUCAUAUGACUUCGCAUCCAGCCAGUACUACUGGAUUCUGCCAAAUGAGAAGGGUCUUUCUGCGGAGUGCGGAGUGCAAGACGGACGGUAGUAGGGGUAUGCAGAAGGAGGCGUAUCUGGUACUUACCCCAAAACAACGCAGGAUCUCCCUCAAUGUCUCCAGACUCAGAGGGCAGAACGUCCCACACCCGUUUAAAGUUGGCAUUAAAACCGACCAAUGGGCUACUAUGGGCGUGUCUUAGUCUUGCGGGCUGCAGAUGAAUACGAUUGUAACAAGCACAAGUUCAGACCAAGGUUUUUCUGGAAAAUGAGAUAUUUUAUGAAUUUUUGCAAGAUUAUUUGCUGGAUAAUAUGUUUGCCUCUUCUGUUUAUGGAGAUAGUGGGAAUAUAUGGCAUUUACAAGCGUUUGUUUCCAUUACUUGCUUAUAAUAUCACUUUUUCAUACAACGACAAAAUGCACGAAAAUAAGAGGGAUCUUUUUAAAAACUUGAACACAUUUGCAAAUACCAAGGAUGGCACACUUCGCCUCUUGGAAAUUGGUUGUGGAAGCGGAGCAAACUUCAAGUUCUAUCCCUACGGUUGCACGGUAAUUUGCACAGACCCUAACCUGCACUUCAAAAAGUACCUUCAAAUGAGUAUGGAUACUAACAUGCAUCUGACUUAUGAGCAGUUUGUUGUUUCUUCGGGGGAAGACCUUCGUAGUAUGAAGGAUGAGUCAGUGGACGUGGUUGUUUGUACUUUGGUGCUAUGCUCUGUCAUCAACGUUCCUCGUGUCCUAGAAGAGGCAAAGCGCAUUCUCAAACCCGGGGGUGCCUUGUACUUUCUGGAGCAUGUAGUUUCAGAUCCCACCACCUGGACAUAUUUCUUACAGCACGUACUGCAGCCUCUUUGGUACUAUCUGGGGGAUGGAUGUGUUGUUACCAGGGCAACAUGGAAGGAUUUGGAGGCUGCUGGCUUCUCCAAGCUGAAACUGAAGCACAUUGAAGCUCCACAGGUCACCUUGAUGAUCAGACCACAUAUUUUAGGAUAUGCUAUAAAGUAAACUUGCCUUAGCCUUUAUCUUUUUUUUGCACAAGUGUAAACAGGCCUUGACAGAAUGCUUUCAGCUAAUCACAGCAUUGUUGCUGUGACCCUAUGGGGGAAAACACUCAGAAAUGUCAGUAUGUCACUGGUAUAGGGUUAAAAGGUUUAUUACAAAGUGUCACUGUACAGUGAGUAAUCUAUUAGGUUCAAUAUGUAAAGAAUGAAAAAAUAUUUAUUUCAUAUUACUUACAGAAUGAGCGAUUGCUUUUGUAUUCCCUUGUUUGUUUUGUGUGUGUGCCCCCCAGCCUGCCGCCUUAAGAUAUAGAAAAUAAAUAUUACCCUGACAUUGUGCACUCUCUCCCUGAUAGAUUGUCCAAGUAACAGCCAAGUUAGGUGUACACAAUGUUUUCUAAUAUCCCUUUGCACUAAUAAGGAAUGGCAACUGUAACAUUUUAUCUCAUGGGGACUAGGGUGUGGACGUUUAGGGAUCACAUAAAAUGAACUUGAAUCACAUCAUAGUUUUAACACAGUCAAAAAUCUGCAUUACAUGUUGCAGUGGGAAUCAGCAGGUUUCUACCAUAAAACUUCAAAAGAUGGGACAAUCAGAAGCUGAUAUAAAACUAAAGGAACAAAAUUGAGUGUCAGUGAUUACAUAUCAAGCCUCGUGCGCGCUCACACAAUAUUCACAAAUAUAAACAGUUAAGCGUUAGUCAUUCUUCCAGUAGCUCAAUAAAAAGACAAGGAAAAAAGUCUUAUUUCACACUAUCAUUGUCUUUUAGAAUGGGAGCUUCCCAUUGCCAACCCUCA